AGGGAUUCUGUUUGAAAAUCCUGUUCACCAGGGAAAUCUGGAGCAAUGGUCACUGGGAGCUCAAAGUGGCAACGUGGGAGGCCAUCAGUCACAGGAGGUUUACAGCAAUCCUAGAAGGAUCUAGAAGUGUUGGUUUUAUAAAAGCACAGAGCAACAGCCACGGGUGUCUGAAAAGCUUGAUUCACCAGAAACUGGCCUUCCACGGAAACUCGGGCAGCUGACCAUGGAACAUUGAUCACAGGACAUUACUGAUCUGUAAGCUACAACAGUAAGAAAGGGGACAGCGCUAAGCAAUGGCGUGGGUGAAUUAACUACUUCCCUCUCACAGACUAACGCAGAGAGUGUUUCAGAUAUUGACCCAGCCUUGAUACUGCUGCCAGAGGUAGUAGAAACCUGGAAUUCUCUCCCCUAAAGUCAGAGGCUCCUGGGAGGACAAGUCACCCUGGCUCAGCAGAAUUGUGGAGUCUGCUCAGGGAAAGUUCAGAAGCCAAGAUCGCUCUGCUGGAUGCACAAAUGUCCAAGGAUUUCAAAUCUGUUUUUAGUAUCUACACCAGAGACCUUCGGAUAAAACAGAUUGCGCAACCAAACCCCAACUGCUUAAGUGAUGAUUGGGAGCAAGAUUUUCAGAAGCUGCACCAAGCCCAGUUUCAGAAAUGUGUCAGCCACAUGAGAAACAGCCUGGGUCUAAUGAACCGGGCCUCUGAGUCCAACCAGGACAGAGCUUCUGCUAUCAUUGGCAACAAUCCAAUUCCUAAUCUCAAUGACCUGGAUGGAAAAGACACCCCAAUGCGCUUCCUAAGCAACAUGCCAUCCAAGCUAAGCUGUCCUGGGAGGAAACAAAGAACCUUACCACCCCUGAAACAUCGCCGACAGCAAUCAGCUGGAAGUUCAACAAGCUUGAAGCAGGAAGAGCAGGGACCCUCCUGUGAAAAAGCUCUGACGAUUAAGGUUUCAAAGGAAGAGUCAACUUCCAAUUUGUUGAAAAAGAAGAAUUUCAAGAAAGCUGUGAAGCCAACCUACCCACUGAGUCCCAAAGCACUACCAAUCAAACCAAUUUUGAAAGCAUGGACUCCUGAAUUACCAGAGAGAGAGACAAAUUUGCAAGCCAUGUUGUGGGAGCCUCUGCAAGGACUUGAUUUCAGAAAAUGUGAAUACACAGUUGCAGGCAAGGGAAUUUUGCACAUGGUCAGACUUCUCAGUGAAGUGUUAGCUGGGAUCAAUCCGAUUUUAACUAGUCAUCCAGAGGAGGGAAAGAAGCGUUGGUUAACGUACUUCCCCAUAACACGCUGUCAGUGUGAUUCAGCUACGUCCCAUUCUGUCUAUUUGAAACAUUGUUUUGCAUCCGGAUAUUUGUGGACUUAAUUACUACUGCAGCUGUUCCAUGUUUGAAAUGGUAAAAAACUGAGGCCUGGUCGACUUUGUGCAGUUAGCAGCAUGUCAGUCACCUCUAUGAUCUGACUCCAGUCUAGACUGACGGAAUGACACCUCACCUCUGCUGGUUGUAAAAGUCCUUUGCGAGAGAAAUUCCAGCAGGUCCCAACCCAGUUCCUGGUUGGUCCAAGACACAGAAUUGCCCCUGAUUAAUACCCAAUUGCAAUUAAGUCUGGAAGUUGUGCUCAAAAGGGCAACAAGGAUCACAUUGCAAGAAGAUGGAACCACGCCCGCUGGUGCACUGGGUGGAGCAAAAGGCAAAAGGUUGAGGUAGAUCAGAGGGAGCUUUGCUAUCCAACCAAUAGUGCUACCUACAGCAAACCUGGCGGUGGCUGCUUGAAACAGCAAAAUAUUCAAUUUGCCAGCACCAGCAUCUCCCACUUUGGGAAGCACAAACUUCGCAAAAAAGAAAGACAUUAUUGCAUUGACCUAAGACUAUUGUAAAGAAUUACACAGGAUCGAACUGUGUUUCAAGGUAGUAAACAUGACUAUAAUCUGCCAUUCAUGGUUCAUGCCUAGUGAUUAAAUGUUCUUCUCAUGCAACCACACAAACACCCAUUUUAUGUAUAUGUGCCAUUUAUGUAUAUGUACCAUUAAUGUGGAUGUACCAUGUUAUGUGUUUGUACAAUUUCAUGUAUAUGUGACAUAUGUAUAUUUCUCAUGUACAUUGGAGUUUUGUAACAUUUGUAUUUUUUAUUAAAGCACCAAAAAUUGUACGUUAACUACAGUAUCUAAAUAUUUGUAUUGUCUGACUGUGGAAUUCUAUUGCCUAUUAAACUGCACUAGCUAUGUUUUGAGGUCAAAUAUUCACACUUACUGUAAAUAAUUGAGUAAGUUUAUCAUGUGACUGGCUUAUAAUGCUAUUUGGGUCAUUGUUCUCAGUGCAAUAAACUUUGGGAAUCCUGAAA